AAGAGUAUAGAUGAUCAAUGGUGUGUGAUGGAAAACUAUGAGAGAGGUGAAGUGGUGUCAUUGGAUGAGAGCCAGGUGCCACAAUUCGAUGGCCUUCCUCCAGAACACGAACUGAUCGUGGUGAAACAAGGAACCAAAAUAUGGAAUGUGGUGCCGUUUGCAUUAAAGGCCAUCAAGGACAAGAAACAUGUGGUGUGGUCUGGGUGUGGGACUGGGAUUGAAAGGACAAUCUCCUGUGUGGAAGUGAUGAAACGAAAACUCAGGACUCUACACCAGACCACUCGAAUCCGAUACAAAAAAGUGGAGGAGUAUUGGAAUCCGAGGUUGGAUGGUUUGGAUACAUUGAAGGUGGUGAGAGAAAUCCCUGCCAUUGACAUCUGGGUGUCCACAGAGCCCAUUCCCACCUCUGUUGAUGGCUACCAGGCACCAGGGACGUGCUGGGCGUUUUCUCGUGAGCCCCCCAAGGGAAGAGACAGGCCUCAAGGUGCAUUCUCGGGACGCCAGCCCAAGAGGAAACCCUUGAAGAAGACGAAAGGACUUCCUGGUCCUGCCCAAUUCAAGCAAUCCUCUUCGCGUGAACAAGCUCAAAGCUCUGCCAUGGGAAACAGUUGACCGGUGUUAUUUUUUUUUGUGUACCCUCUGAGAAGGCUAAUGCUUCUUGUUUUGUUUGAUUUACUGAUGGGAUGCCUUUGUUAGAAUGAACAUUGCCAAAUGUUUAA